GAGACAGCCUACAGGUCGUCCCUCCCAAGUUUCCCCCAGUCCCGCAGGGUCCGUAGCAACGUCUACCUUUAUUCAAUCCGUCAACACGCCACCCAUCAUUCCUUUCCUUUCCUUCAUCAAAACAACUACAAAGCCCUACCUACCUUCGAACCUUGCGCUUCCAUGAAGUAUUAAACCUAUCUUUCUACUGUUACUGUGUUUGAUCACGCCUUAAAAUGCAGUUGACAUCAAUCAUUGCCGCCGCGGGUCUGGCGGCUUACACCACCAACGCUUUAUUAUUACCCCCUGAGAUCUCCGAAGCCGACAACCGUCUAGCCAGCACACUUCCGGUUCCUGUCUCAACCGCCUUCGCCAACGAUGCCAGACGUCUGAAGCUCAAGUGUCCUGGAUGCCAGGUCCGCAAUCCUCAUCACAUGAUGGCCGAGGUUGUGAAUAAUAUUCCUAGUCAUCUGGAUCUUGAAUUUAGUGUUGAGUCUACUGGUAGCACCGAUCGCUUGAUGCUGAACGGCUUCGAACUCUACCCUAACGCAGACCCUUUCCGAAACAGCCUUACUGCCGUCGUUCGUCCCGAUGUUCCGCGCCGACAGACAAAGCGACCGAUGCAUUUCAAGGAUAUUCAAUCACCACAAACCCUCGGCUUCGGCAUGCAGACGCGUCCUAUUUCCAACCCCGAAGAGUCGUUAGAACUCGUUCUAAUCGAUCUCGAUAUUAUUGAGGUCGGCGAAGUCUUCGUUGAUGGUAUUCCGAAUGUUCAGGUCAAACUUGUGAAGACCCCCACCGGGCAGUUGAUGAUCGGCGACAUUGAGACUACGGACCCGAAGCAGAACAACCCUAUGGAUAAACAAGAAGAGUGCACAACGAUGCUCUGCAAGUGGAAAGCCAUCAUCAUGCAGAAGCUCGCCAGCCUCCGUCUUAACAAGGGCUGCGGUGGUCAUCGCGCUCACGGCAAGGGCCACGACCAAGUCAAGCAAGAUGGAUCUAUUAACGUGCGCCCUCAAGAUGGUAAUGACAGCCAGCCGCCUGCCCAUCGUGAGAGGAACUGGGGGCUACUGUUUAAGAACAUUGCCUCGCACAUCCUACUCCCGGUUGCCAUCGGUCUCCUCGCUGGUGUCGCCGCUAGCAUCCUCGGUAUGAUGGUUGGUACGUUCGUCGUUUUCCUCUGGCGACUAGUUGCCCGCCGAGGUAGCUCCCGACGACACCACAGACACGGACAUCACCACAAGGCUUCUCACUCCGAAGCUGUUCUCCGUGAUGAGAAGUCGGGUCUGAUGGCCCAUGUUGAGGAAGACGAUGUCCUUCCCCCCGUCUACGUGGAAGAGGGCAUCGUUGUCCUCGACGACAAGAAGACCGACAAUGUAGCCUAAGAAAUGAUACCCCCCGUCGU